CUUCCUCUUGUUUGUAUUCUCUUGUAUGUAAAGAUAAUCUUAAUUACCCCUCUCUGUUUAAUUCAUCAUUUCUCAUUCAGAUCAUAUAUAUAAUAUGGGCAAUUCAAUAUCUCCAUGUUUCCAACAAAACCCAAGGUCUUUAGUGAAGCUGAUUUUCUGGGAAGGAAAUACAAGAAUCUUAACGGGAAAGCAUAUAGCCGGCGAGGUCAUGUUUGAGUUUCCAGACAGGAUGGUUUGCCAUGCAGAUUCUUUCUUCAUUGGUCACCCCAUCCCAGCUUUAGCCAUAGACGAUGACCUCAUGCCAGGCCAAACUUACUUUGUUCUUCCCCUCGAUCGCUUUGCAUGCAAUAAUGUCUUGUCAGCUUCUUCUCUUGCUGCCUUAAACUCUAGCUCUAAACCAGCUCCAGUCAACUUUGGUCAGUGCCCUUUUGAGUAUGUCAAAGAUUCCAAUGGUAGGGUUUUGAUCAAGGUGGUGCCUGAGUUUAUAACAAGGUUGAUCAAUCAUAGAAGCAAAGAAGAAGGAACUGGGAGUCCUGGGAAUAGUUUCCUUUGCAGCACUCCGGAGUUGAAAAAGCAUUACGAGAUGCUUGUUGGUCCUAAAGAACAAGUUUGGUCGCCUAAACUUGAGACGAUUUCAGAGUAUAAGAUCAGGUUUUCACCUUGCAGGUUCAUAGGGUUGGAGUGGAAACAAAAGGAGAAGCAAUAAUAGUUUAUAAUUUCUAAUCAUUUCCUAUGGAUAUAGAUGUUUCCAUUAAAGGUAAAAGGAGAUAUUUGAUAUAAUUUUUCCUUUUAUCAUAAUGGUUUCCACUUUGUUGUACAAACAUAAUUAUAGCAUUUGUUGAAAGAUUUCUGCCCUUUUAAUUGUUAAUACUGAGAAAUAUUAUUAUUAAAAA